AUCACACAAGUGCACAUUGCUGCUCAGCCUGUGUCAUGGAGUAAUAUCUGCUGACAUGGCUAAGGGAGGCAGCCUGCUCCUACCAUCUGGCUGGAUGCAGUCUCCAUGGCAACCCCCUCCUUCUCCUUGAAAGCUGAAGAUGACUGUCUUUACCUCCCCCCACGCGACACUGUAAAUAGUGCCUGACCCUCAGACUGCUUUGGCUCAUUGUCUCUCACCACACGUUCGCUGCUAUCCCUCCAUCAUCCCUCCAUCCUCAGCCUGGUGCAGUGACUCAUCGCCUCCCUGACCUCUGUCGGCGUGUGAUGCGGGAUUACUCUGGAACACAUCGGUAUUAAACAGCACAAAAACCAUGACAAAGGGGGAGGGUGUUUCUUUAAUGCAGACAAUUUGGUUUGCCUUUCGAAGGAGGAGGCGCAGAGGUAUUUGAGAAGCUGCGUCUGCCCUUUAUUUAAGAUGAGGACGCUGGAACUGCCCUGUUAGUGGUCAUAGGUCUGUGUAUAAUUAACACGCAAAUAGUUGGUGCUGUAGACUCGAUCCCGGGUAAUACUGUCCGCCUUAAGCCAUUACUGGGCGUUGUACUGAGCCAUGUCUCUGCAGGAACGGGAAGCAGCAAAGGUCUAACGAGAUGUUGCGCGUUAUCAGAGCCUCUGCAUCCCAUUGGACAGUGUAACCCCGCCCAGUGCUGCGCUGUCCAAUCACUCGGCACUUUACGCUUGUUCCCGCCCUCAUGGCCCUCCUUUGAGCCCAUUCCGCCGUUUGCUCCCAGUGUCUCCCACAGAGAAAGGGUUACUGGUCGUUGUGUCGCCGCUAUUGUUCCUUUCUGUGUAAGACGGGCAAACUUUGACGGGAUGUUGGCGCUGCGUUAAUGUUCGACGGACGUCCACGCUGAGAGGUGCGUGUGCCUCCUCCUCCUCCUGUGAAUGCCUCUCGCCAUGGCGAAGCGCGAGCCGGGCAACACCAGCCCCGUGGUGCGGCAGAUAGACAAGCAGUUCCUGGUGUGCAGCAUUUGCCUGGAGCGAUACCACAACCCCAAAGUCCUGCCCUGCCUGCACACCUUCUGUGAGAGAUGCCUGCAGAACUACAUCCCCCCCCAGUCCUUGACCCUGUCCUGCCCGGUGUGCCGACAGACGUCCAUCCUGCCCGAGAAGGGCGUGGCGGCACUGCAGAAUAACUUCUUCAUCACCAACCUGAUGGAAGUGUUGCAGAGGGAGUCAGAGUGUGCCCAGCCCGAGGCCUGCGGCGCGCUGGAGUCGGCCAGCGCCGCUGCCUCUGCCCAGUCCCUCUCCUGCCCCAACCACGAGGGCAAGGUGAUGGAGUUCUACUGCGAGUCGUGCGAGACAGCCAUGUGUUUGGAGUGCACGGCGGGCGAGCACCGGGAGCACAUGACCGUGCCGCUGCGGGAUGUCCUGGAACAGCACAAAGCGGAGCUCAAGACCCAGCUGGACGCCAUUCGGAACAGGCUUCCACAGCUGACGGCGGCCGUCGACCUGGUGAACGAGAUCUCUAGGCAGCUGGCCGAGCGGAAGAGCGAGGCCAUCAGCGAGAUUAGCAGCACCUUCGAGGAGCUGGAGAGGGCCCUGCACCACCGCAAGAGCACUCUCAUCACCGACCUGGAGAACAUUUGCGGCGCCAAACAGAAGGUGCUGCAGGCCCAGCUGUCGGCACUGCAGCAGGGUAGGGAGAACGUGGAGAGCAGCUGCAGCUUCACGGAGCAGGCGCUGAGCCACGGCAGCGCCGCCGAGGUGCUGCUGGUGCAGAAGCAGAUGGGCGAGCGCGUGGGCGCCCUCGCCCGCCAUGACUUCCCCGAGCAGCCGCACGAGAACGGCCACCUGGAGUGCCAGGUGGAGACUGAGGGUCUGCGACGCUCCAUCCAGAACCUGGGCGCGCUGCUCACCACCAGCGCCGUGGGCCACACCAGCGUGGCCACGGGCGAGGGGCUCCGGCACGCCGUGGUGGGCCAGCCCGCCACGGUCACCGUCACCACCAAGGACAAGGCCGGCGAGCUGGUGAAGACGGGCAACGCGGCGCUGACCGCCCGCAUCGCGGGGCCCGACGGCCCCGUCGCCGAGCCCGAGGUGACGGACAACAAGAAUGGCACGUAUGAGGUGGGCUACACGCUGCGAUCCGAGGGCGAGUUCUCCUUCACCCUGCUGCUGUACGGGCAGCCCAUCCGGGGCAGCCCCUUCCGCCUGCGUGCCGUGCGCCCAUGCGACGCGCCGCAGUCCCCGGACGACGUGAAGAGGCGCGUGAAGUCGCCCGGGGCGAGCGGCGCCGGCGGGCACGUGCGCCAGAAGGCCGUGCGCCGGCCUUCCAGCAUGUACAGCACCGCUAAGAAGAAGGAGAACCCCAUCGAGGACGAGCUGAUCUACAGAGUGGGCACGCGCGGGCGGGAGCGUGGCGAGUUCUCCAACCUGCAGGGCAUCUCCACCUCCAGCAGUGGGCGCAUCGUGGUGGCAGACAGCAACAACCAGUGCAUACAGGUCUUCUCCAAUGACGGUCAGUUCAAGCUCCGCUUCGGGGUGAGAGGGCGUUCCCCGGGGCAACUGCAGCGACCCACCGGGGUUACCGUGGACAUGAAUGGCGACAUCAUCGUAGCUGACUAUGACAACAGAUGGAUCACCACCUUCUCCUCGGACGGCAAGUUUAAAAGUAAAAUUGGAGCAGGUCGACUGAUGGGACCGAAAGGUGUGGCCGUGGACAAGAAUGGCCACAUCAUAGCAGCAGACAACAAAGCCUGCUGCAUUUUCAUCUUCCAGUCUACCGGCAAGCUGGUGACCAAGUUUGGAGCCAGAGGAACAUCGGACAGGCAGUUUUUAGAUAAAAGUGCCCCGAACACUCCGACAGACCCAAAGCAGGGUAAAUCCGGACCGGCAUUCAGUCCCCACUUUGUGGCUGUGAACAACAAGAAUGAGAUUAUAGUGACUGAUUUCCAUAACCAUUCCGUUAAGGUCUACAAUGCGGACGGGGAGUUCCUGUUUAAAUUCGGCUCUCAUGGAGAAGGCAACGGUCAGUUCAAUGCCCCGACAGGGGUGGCAGUGGACAGCAAUGGAAACAUCAUCGUUGCUGACUGGGGUAAUAGCAGGAUACAGGUGUUCGACAGCUCGGGGUCCUUCCUGUCGUACAUCAACACGAUGGCGGACCCUCUGUACGGCCCCCAGGGCUUGUCCCUCACUUCCGACGGCCACGUGGCUGUGGCAGACUCUGGAAACCACUGUUUCAAAGUCUACCGCUACCUGCAGUAGGGAGGGUCGCCCACCAAACGUAUCGUACACGUGCAAUGACAUUUUUUGCAUUUCCACUUUUUAUUUUGCACACCUAAAAAGGUCUCUGCCACCGAUGUAGUCUAUAGGGAGACGUUACAACCAAUAAAGUAUUUUAGAUGAGUGGAUCCAAGUUGAUCAGAUUCUAAUUAGACUGGGUCCUAAAGGUCAUCACAUCGAGACUUAAAGCUCAUCCUGUACUCAUAUGGCACUGGUCUGGACCGAUUGCGACUUUCGACUAAAUCCGAGUCAGACAAUAUCCAAACAUCCAACACAAGUCGUUAACAAUAAGUCACAGUACUCUUAGCAGUGCUUGUGAUGGCAGCUACUUGUAAGCUUUUAAAGUACUUUGGCAACGUUUCGAAUAUUUUUCUUAACUUGUUGGUUUACCUGAAAUAACAAACCACUUGGUAUAACCAUCAGCUAAAUAAUAAUUUAAAAAAAAAGAAUCUUUUCAAUGGCAUGGAAGCAAAGUAAGUUUCUUAGGGUUUAACUUCGCAAAAGAUCGAGGAGCUAUCGUAUAUGUGUACUGUGAAAGCAAGCCAUUUGGUAUCAAACUGACUUUCUGUGCAUUUGACUCGCUGUAUAUGCUUAUGCAUUGGUAUCAUAUUGUGUACAUUUGAUAGCAUUUCUGCUGUAAUAUGGCUUUGAAAACCCACGCUCCUUGAGUGUGGGAAGCUAAAGCUUUGAAUGCCAAUGUUUCAGCCAUUAAUGCACUAGUAGACAGAGAGCAGCUCCUAGCUUCAGCGUGCGUUUACCUUGGAAAUAUCCGCAUACGUUUCCCACAAGGCCGUUAGCCAUGGUACCCAACACCACAGCACAAAUCUAGAUGUCGUGCACUUUUGUUUGAAGAAAAAAAAGUCAUUUGUUUUGGUUUAUUUGGUUUUGUACAGUGUUAUAAUUUGCAGGUUCUUUUUUGCAUUUCUGUGUUGUUUACCCACAGUACCAAGUCCUGGCUGUACAUUAGAUGCUAUUGCAUGGAAUACUCCAGUGUAGGAAGCAAACAUCACCGGAACAUUAAAAAUUUAAGGACAAUUUGGCACCGGAUGUACACACUCAGGAAGGAUACGUUAGUAAAGUGCACAACUGGUCAUAAUUAUUUGUGCCAACAAUAUGCCAUUAGUUGAAGUCCUAAACAACAAGGGUAUUUUUUUUGUGUGUGUGUGAAAACACAGCUUUUAUCAUUCCAGAUUAGCAAGCAUUGUUUUUAAGGACUACCUAUUUAUUUCCAUAAGCCUAGUUUAAUUAUGUAAAAAAAAAACAAAAAAACAAAACCCACGUUGGACAGAAAUCCUAAAUGAGGCAAUUAGUAUUUUUGGAGUUCUUUAUUUGAUUUGUAAACCUGCUCAAAGUGUUUAAACCUUUUCUCAGAUGCAUCAGAUCACUAUACUGUGAAUUUGUAUGAAAGCCUCUCUGAUUUUUCUCAAUUAUUUCUCAGUGUUGCUGGUUCAUGGACUUCCUUUGAGGACCAAAUGUCACAUAAGUGACAUUUGUGAACAUUUCAUGUUCCAGUCAAAGCCGGGAUAUGAUGAUUUAAGCUUCCAGGAACAUAAUAUCGCUACAUUAAAGGUACAAUCGUUAGGUUACACUACACCCUAUAUGACUGAAAAUAGCAAGGACUAAUAUUUCAUCGAACGCAUAGAUAA